AUGGUUCGUCUUGUGGACCUGGCAGUGGCAGCGUCAUUCUUGCUCUUCUCGGGCCCCGUGGUUGCAGAUGUGGAUGGUUGCGUCGGCAACUUUCAAGCCCUCCGCUGCAUGAGACCCGGUCCACUCCCCAAUCCGAACGACCCCAAGGCCCAACGUCAAUUCUUCAACACAGGAUACUCUAGCAGUUGUUGCGGUCACGGAACCGCUUUCACUGACAGCCCCGAUGGAGCUUUUUAUGAUCGAACCGAUCACCUUUGCCCAUAUUUCUAUCGCGUCAAGGCCUCUGACUACGACAUUGCCGACAAGCCCGCUGAUUCUGCGGAUGAGUCCGGUCCAAACUUCGAGAACGUCAAGGUCUACUGGACUGUAGGCAGCGAGGGAUUCCCCUCUCGGGAUGUCCAGUACGAGACUGGCAUCACCUGGUACAAGCUCGACUGGGCAGAUUUGCGGUCUCCUUUCACCUAUAAAUUGACCAUUGUCGCCCAGGAUCCCUACAACUACGUCUUCUACGACGAGACGGGCGAUGGUUAUACUCUUGGUGUUUGGCAAGGUGCUCGCACCCACACUGUUGAAUACAGAUCUCAAAAGCCCACUAUCGUCAGCAUCUCGGGCUCUUAG